UAUUUUCUACUGUGACUUGGGCCUUUCCUAAGCUAUAGUUUGUUUGACAGUUUGACUUUUAACCUCAAAUAUUGGAAUCUUUCAAACAAAAUAAUAUAUUUAAUUUAAUUCCUUAUAUAGGAACACGUGCAAUUGUAAUUAAGAAUCGAAAAUGUCUGAUGAAGAUAUGGAUGUUUUAGAAAUGGAAGAGAAUGAAAAAAUAGCAGAGUCUUCUGCAUGUGAAGAUCAUGAAACCAGUACCGAGGAAACUAAAGAUGUUUAUCUACCUGGUAAACCAUUAGAAGAGGGCGAGGAACUUGUUUGUGAUCAAACUGCAUACGUAAUGUAUCAUCAAGCUCAGACUAGUGCUCCAUGUCUCAGUUUUGACAUAAUUAGGGAUAAUUUUGGAGAUAACCGAGAACUCUUUCCUCUAACAGCAUAUGUGGUUGCUGGCACUCAAGCUGCACAGUCUCAGACAAAUAAUGUUAUUGUAAUGAAACUAUCCAAUUUACAUAGAACAAAUCAAGAUGAAAAUGAUGAUUCUGAUGAGGAAGAUGAUGAUCAUGAGGAUCCUAAAAUGACUGGAGCUCUAAUCAGACAUCAGGGAGGUGUUAACAGAAUUAGGGUUACCACAAUAGAUAAUAAGGUAAUUGCUGCCUCAUGGAGUGAGUUAGGUAGAGUGAAUAUUUGGAACAUUUCUCCGCAAAUUGCAGCUGUUGAUGAUGACCAAUUACUUUCCACUUAUAACAAAGAAAAUAGAGCAAAUUCUACUACUCCACUCUUCACAUUCAACGGUCACCAAAAAGAAGGUUUUGCUUUGGAUUGGAGUCCUACAAUCAAUGGGGUAUUAGCUACUGGAGAUUGCAAACAAGCUAUCCAUAUAUGGCGGCCUACUGAAAGUGCAACCUGGUCAGUAGAUCAGAGACCUCUAAUAGGUCACACAGACUCUGUAGAAGAGGUCCAAUGGUCGCCUAAUGAAAGGCAUGUGUUAGCCUCAUGUUCCGUAGAUAAAAGUAUCAGAAUUUGGGAUACUAGAGCCCAGCCUAGCAAAGCUUGCAUGAUCACAGCAGAAAAUGCCCAUCAAAGUGAUGUCAACGUAAUGAAUUGGAACAAAAAUGAACCUUUUAUUGUAAGUGGUGGUGAUGACGGUAUCAUACAUAUUUGGGAUUUGAGAAAGUUUCAAAGUAAAGUUCCUCUGGCUACAUUCAAACACCACAUGGAUUCUGUUGUUACAGUUGAAUGGCAUCAAACUGAUUCAACGCUGUUUGCAUCUGGAGGAGCAGAUAACCAAAUUGCUCUCUGGGAUCUCUCUGUAGAAAAGGAUGCAGAGGGCAGCGAGGAUGUUGAGGGCCUUCCACCACAGUUAUUAUUUAUUCAUCAAGGACAACACAACAUCAAAGAACUACACUGGCAUCCUCAACUUCCAGGUGUCAUAAUCAGCACAGCAGAGAGUGGAUUCAAUAUAUUCAGAACAAUAAGUGUUUGAACUAUUUUUUUAUUAAAACUUUUAUUACACAAAAA